UGUGAUACAGUGAUAGACUUAUUGUAUGUGAAAAUAAAAAUUAAAAAAAGUGUCUUGUUGACGAUUUUUUAGAGUACUCAAAGGGGACGAGUUGAAAAGCAAGGUCCUCAAGCUAGUUCAGGUGCUUUUUCCUGACUGGGCUAAUGGUGUCCAGUCUAUUCAGUUAGAUCGUGUUAGUGGUGCGAUGACAAAUGCAGUUUUUUUCAUCAACGCAGCCAAUAGAGACCGUUUACUUAUGAGAGUGUAUGGUAAUGGUGUAGAUCAAAUCAUUGAUCGAGAAAACGAGUUGGAUUGGCUUGCUCGUUUAUCUCAUUUGAAUAUUGGACCAAGCCUUUUAGGUAUUUUCGGAAAUGGACGUUUUGAAGAAUACUUGCCUUCAACAACACUUACAAGCGAUGAUAUCCGAGACCCUGAAACAUCAAAAGGUAUUGCUUCUUGUCUCCGAGAAUUACACGAUAUUGUUACAGUACAUCCUUAUCAACCCUCAAAACAUAAGCUCGAGAUUUGGAGCAACAUUGAUAAAUGGUACAGUGUUGUCAUGGGAUUCUUACCUUCUUUGAUGAAAAAAAGUGAUGGAUGGGAUAAGGUAUUAAAUACGUUUAAUUUGGAACUAUUGUCAUUUGAAAUUCAAGAGUGUAAGGAUGUUUUGAACAGCUUGAACUCGCCUAUUGUUUUUGCUCACAACGAUACUCAGUAUGGCAACGUGCUUCGACUAGCCAAGACAGGCGAAUUAGUGGUUGUGGAUUUCGAAUAUGCAGGCUAUAACCCUCGAGGUUUUGAUCUUGCCAACCAUUUUUGUGAGUGGAUGUAUGAUUAUCACUCAGAUGAACCUGCUUCUAUGCAAUUCGAUAAAUUCCCUACAUAUGAAGAACAAAUCCGCUUUUUGACAUCUUAUAUCCAAACACCUUCUAAAUUCAUUAAUCCCGAUAUAAACGACCAAAAUAUCACACCUGAAUCAUUACAAAAAGAAGUAAGCAUGUGGCUCAUGGCCAGCCAUCUUUCAUGGGGCCUCUGGGGCUUGAUUCAAGCAAACCAGAGUGAAAUUGAUUUCGACUACUUUUUGUUUUCACUACAAAGAUUGAAUGCUUUUAGACAAGAGUUUGCUAAAUGGAAAGCAUAAAACGCUUUCAAUUUUUUUAAAAAAAAGUAUACUAGUAAUAGACUUCUAUAUAAUAAUAAACUUGUAUUCUACAGUGCUUAUAGACAUAACAGAUAACAAAGACACUUUCGUAA